GUGUUCAUACACACAUACACACUCUGAGCAGUAAAGGAGUGCUGAGCCCCUGUGACCACAAUACAUCCCGUGGAUUAUAAAACACAAUCUCACUUGAACUCAGGAGCACUUUGCCCUGCCCGUCGGAGAGAGCCAAGAUGGGGAAAAGGCGCUUCUCCGGUUUGGAGGUGAUCCUCAUGGUCAUGUUCACGUUGAUGUUGGUGGUAGCCGUCACUCUCAUUGGUCUGUAUGUCACCGGAGAGCCUGGGACCCUCAAAGAUGAAACCACUGAAGAAUUUGUUCCUCAGUGUCCCAACAUUCCUCAAGCUGAAAGAAUAGACUGUUACCCUGAUGCCGGAGCUUCUAAGCAACUGUGUGAGAAGCGAGGAUGUUGCUGGAGCCCACUGGAUGAAAGAAAUGUUCCCUGGUGUUUCUUCUCCACCAACCAUGGAUACACCGUGGAAUCAGUAGAGCGUCCCAGUGCUCAUGUUCUUAAAGCCCAGCUGAAGAGGAUGGCCUCCCCGUCGUUAUUUGGGGCUGAUGUGCAGGAACUGGCAUUCCAUGCAGAAAUGCAGACAGACAAAAGACUACGAUUUAAGAUCUACGAUGCCCACAGGCACCGGUUCGAGGUCCCCCACGAGCACAUCAGCAGUCUCACCAGUGACCCUUCCAGCGCCAUCACAGACACCCUGGAGCUGACAAACAAGCCCUUUGGCCUCACUGUGCGCAGGAAGGAGAACAAAAAAGUCCUGUUUGACACUACAAUGGGCCCACUGGUGUUCGCUGAUCAGUAUCUGCAGCUGUCUGCUAAGCUCCCAUCCCAUAAUAUUUAUGGCCUUGGAGAGCAUGUGCAUAGACAUUAUCUUCAUGACACAUACUGGAAAACCUGGCCAAUCUUCACCAGAGAUGCUUUCCCAAAUGGGGGAUCCCACAACCUCUAUGGACACUAUCCUUUCUUCCUCUGUCUGGAAGAUGAGAGUGGAAAGUCGUUUGGGGUCUUCCUCAUGAACAGCAACGCAAUGGAGGUGACUCUGCAGCCCGCUCCUGCUGUGACCUACAGAACUAUUGGAGGAGUCCUUGACUUCUACAUUCUCUUUGGUGACACACCGGAACAAGUGGUGCAGGAAUUCCUGGUGCUCAUUGGCAGACCCGUCAUUCCUCCCUACUGGUCACUGGGUUUCCAGCUUUCUCGGUGGGACUACGGAAGCCUGGAUGAGGUCAAGAAAACUGUUGAGAGGAACCGUGCUGUGGGCAUCCCAUAUGACAUUCAGUACACUGAUAUUGACUACAUGGAGGAUAAGAAAGAUUUCACGUAUGACAAAGCCAAGUUCAGUGAGCUGCCUCAGUUUUUUGAGUACCUUCAUGAGAAGGGUCAGAAAUACAUCCUCAUUCUGGACCCUGCAGUAGCUACCAGUAAGAGAGUAGGGAACACACCAUAUGAGUCCUAUGACCGUGGCACUAAGAAGAAUGCCUGGGUGACUGAAUCUGAUGGGAAAACUCCUUUGUUAGGAGAGGUGUGGCCAGGAGAGACUGUAUUUCCAGACUACACCAGCCAAAAUUGCAUCGACUGGUGGGUUGAUGAGUAUGAGCGCUUCUCCAGGGAGAUCAAACACGAUGCCCUCUGGAUUGACAUGAAUGAGGUUGCUAAUUUCAAGAAAGGGUCAACUAAAGGCUGUGCAGAUAACAAUCUCAACUACCCUCCCUACACGCCAAAGAUCCUGGAUGAGGUGAUGUACAGUAAGACUCUGUGUAUGGACGCCAAGCAGGCCUGGGGGAGCCACUAUGAUGUCCACAGUCUAUACGGCUACUCCAUGGUGCUGGCUACUGAAAAAGCUCUGCAGCGUGUCUUCGGAGGAAACCGUACCCUCAUGUUGACCCGCUCCUCCUUCCCAGGUGUGGGAAAGUAUUCGGGUCACUGGCUGGGGGAUAAUGCUGCCAACUGGAACGACAUCAAAUGGGCCAUCCCAGGCAUGCUAGAGUUCGGGCUCUUUGGGAUUCCGUAUAUUGGAGCUGACAUCUGUGGAUUCUUUGACGACUCCAGUGAAGAGUUAUGUCGCCGCUGGAUGCAGGUGGGCGCUUUCUAUCCCUUCAGCCGGAAUCACAACGCUCAAGGCUACAUGCCCCAGGAUCCAGCUUCCUAUGACUCUGACUCAAUGCUGGUGAAAACAUCGAAACACUACCUGCUGAUCCGUUACACACUCCUGCCUUACCUCUACACACUCUUCUACAAAGCCCACACCACAGGAGAGACUGUUGUGCGUCCUGUCAUGCACGAGUUCUACUCUGACAGAGCUACAUGGACAGUGGACCGCCAGUUUCUAUGGGGAAAACAUCUGCUCAUCACACCUGUACUAGACCCGGGUGUGGACAGGGUGCGAGCAUACAUCCCAGAUGCUGCGUGGUACGACUAUGAAACGAUGGAACGGGUGGAACACCGCAAAACACAAGUUGAUAUGUAUCUGCCCGCUGACAAGCUAGGCCUGCACAUCAGAGGAGGUGCAAUCCUCCCAACACAAACACCUGAUGUCACCACCACCUACAGUCGCCUUAAACCCAUGGGUUUGAUCGUUGCUCUUGAUGACAAAAACCAGGCGGCUGGGGAGCUAUUCUGGGAUGAUGGAGAUUCCAGAGACACAGUUAAAACCGGCAACCACAUCCACUACCAGUUCUCUGUUGUUUAUGGGGUACUGACAAUGCAGGUGACACACGCUGGCUACAGAGACCCAGCCAACAUUAUGUUCACCAACAUCACCAUCCUCGGUGUGUCUGAUCCACCCACAUCCGUCUCUGUGACUCAUGUUGGCACUGGAUCGCAUGAAGACUCUACCACUGCAGUGCCAAAGAACAACACCCAGUAUGAUGUAACCAAGAAGGUGUUAUCCCUGCGUGGCCUCAAUCUAAUACUGGGGGAGUCCUAUCUGGUGCGAUGGGAACUGGUGGCGGAGGAGUAUCAGCGCUUCGAUUGCCAUCCAGAGGAGAAUGCUGAUGAGGCUAAGUGCAAGGCCAGAGGGUGCACCUGGAAGCAAAGUGCCCUUCAAAAUGUUCCAUGGUGCUUCUAUCCAAAUGACCAUGGAUACAGCAUUACAACGUCCAAAGAAACUGACUCGGGAAUUACGGUCGAUAUCGCCCAGAACAACAAGUACAGAAGCAGUUACCCGGACUCCCCAGACAUCGACACACUCCGAGUUGACAUCCGUUACCACAGCGGUCACAUGUUGCAGUUCAAGAUUUGGGACCCAGCCACGGAUCGCUAUGAGGUUCCAGUGCCGCUUUCAGUUCCUCCAGAACCUGAGACCGACGAGACCAAGAGGCUGUAUGAGGUCCGUGUUAUCAACAACCCAUUCGGCAUCGAAGUCAUUAGGAAAAGCACAGGAACUAAAAUUUGGGACUCGUCUGUGCCAGGUUUCACAUUCUCAGACAUGUUCAUCCAAGUGUCAACUCGACUGUCAUCUGAGUUUAUCUAUGGCUUUGGAGAGACAGAGCAUCCCACCUACAAACACGACCUGAACUAUCACACCUGGGGCAUGUUCUCCAAGGACCAGCCUCCUGGUUACAAGAUGAAUUGCUAUGGAGUGCAUCCCUUCUAUAUGGGCCUUGAGAACAGUACUGAUGCUCACGGUGUGCUGCUCCUCAACAGCAAUGCAAUGGAUGUGACUUUCCAGCCUACUCCAGCCUUAACAUACAGGACUCUGGGAGGCAUCCUGGAUUUCUACAUGGUCCUCGGACCCACGCCUGAGGUUGUGGUGCAACAGUACACUGCGCUGAUUGGACGACCUGUUUUGCCUGCCUAUUGGUCCCUUGGGUUCCAGCUUUGUCGCUAUGGUUACGCCAAUGACGAAGAGAUUAAAAAUCUAUACACCGAUAUGGUGUCAGCGGGUAUACCCUAUGAUGUGCAGUAUGCAGACAUUGACUACUUGGACCGCCAGCUUGACUUUGUCCUGGACCCAGAGUUUGAAGGACUUCCUGACCUGGUUAACACCAUGAGGAAUGAAGGCAUGAGGUUCAUCUUCAUUCUGGAUCCAGCCAUCUCGGGCAAUGAGACAUAUUACCCUGCCUUUGAGAGAGGUCAAGCUGCGGAUGUCUUCAUCAAAUGGCCCAAAGGGCUCAGUGAUGACAUUGUGUGGGGGAAGGUCUGGCCAGAUUUUCCCAAUAUCACAGUGGAUGAAUCUCUGGACUGGGAUAGCCAAGUAGAGAAAUACAGGGCAUACACCGCAUUCCCCGACUUCUUCCGCAAUACAACAGCAGAGUGGUGGCACAGAGAGAUCAAUGAUUUCUAUCAUAAUGUCACAAAAUUUGAUGGCCUCUGGAUUGACAUGAAUGAGCCUGCCAGUUUUGUCCAUGGCACAGUGGGAGAGAAGUGCCUUGGCAAUCAACUCCUGGAGUUCCCUCCGUAUAUGCCACCCCUGGAGUCUAAACAUCUUGGCUUAAAGCAUAAGACUCUGUGCAUGAACAGCGAGCAGAUUCUCAGUGAUGGAAAGAGAGUCAGACACUAUGAUGUCCACAACCUCUACGGCUGGUCACACGCCAAGCCCACAUAUGACGCCGUGCUGGGUGUGACGGGUAAAAGAGGCAUUGUGGUGACCAGGUCUACUUACCCCUCCAGCGGCAAAUGGGCCGGACAUUGGCUUGGAGACAACUAUGCCGGCUGGGACCAGCUUUACAAAUCCAUUAUAGGCAUGAUGGAGUUCAGUCUGUUUGGCAUCCCUUACACUGGGGCAGACAUCUGUGGCUUCUUUAACCCAGCUGAGUAUGAGAUGUGUCUGCGCUGGAUGCAGCUGGGUGCCUUCUAUCCAUAUGCACGCAACCACAAUGGCAAGGGUUUCCCGAGACAAGAUCCUGUUGCUUGGGGUACCACCUUCGCAAUGGCGUCCAAGAAAGUGCUGGAAAUCCGUUACAACCUGCUGCCUUACCUCUACACACUGAUGUUUGAGGCUCACACCAAGGGAAACACAGUAGUCAGACCACUCCUGCACGAGUUUGUGAAGGAUAAAACCACAUGGGAUAUCUACAAGCAGUUCCUGUGGGGACCUGCCCUGCUUAUCUCUCCUGCCCUCGACCAGGGAGCCAGACAUGUGGAUGGCUAUGUUCCUGAUGCACGCUGGUAUGACUACUACACGGGCAAAUAUGUGGGAGUGCGGGGUCAAGUGGUCAGGAUGCCCACACCUUUGGAUCAUAUUAACCUUCAUAUCAGAGGGGGACACAUUAUACCCUGCCAGGAAGGAAUAAGAAAUACAUUUCACAGUCGGAGGAAUCCUCUAGGACUGAUCGUCGCCCUGAGCGACAGUGGAACUGCUCAAGGAACGCUCUUCUGGGACGAUGGGGAAGGAAUAGGCACAAUUGAGAGUAAACACUACCUGCUGACCACCUUUACAGCAGCACAUAACAAACUAAGCAAUAAGAUUGAAAACAGUGGCCUGGCUGCUGGUGACCAGCUGACCCUGGGCGUGGUGAAGGUGUGGGGAGCAGGCACUGCUAACAUCACAAAGGUGGAACUCACAGAUGAGGGAGGAACUGUGCAUUUGCUGACCCCAACGCAAAACCUCGACACUCAGGAGCUGAUUGUGGAUGCUACUACAAAGUAUGUCCGUGUGCAUGAACCCUUUUCCAUGGUGUGGAGCACCAGUGACUGAUCAAAUGAGUAGUUUUCCUGGUGAAUAAUUAUCAUACCUGUACAUAGUAAUCUGUUUAAAAAAAAAUGAUGAUGUAAAAAUAAUGAACUGAUUUAUUUGUAACUUCAAAAGAUGAGCCUAUAGCUGCAUGUUGUUGUUUCUUUUAUUUUUGGUUGUAUAUCACAGCCUAAUACAAGCAGUUUAUCUUUACACAUCACUUUGCAAAUUAACCUGAUGUAACAUUUCAUUCAGAUGAGUACUCAAUUAUAUUUUCUGUUUUGGAUAACUAAUUGGACUGUUUUAUGUUUGUUGGAAUAACAACAGUAUAAAAUUAUGAAUUAUUAAAGAGCUUGAUUUUUUUCUUAAA